UUUGCUUUGAAAAGAUCGGCGGCCUGCCGUGCUUGGAGCAGCGAGGAAAGAAGAAACGGACCAAGGAAAAGGCUGGCAUUCACGAGGGGCUGGGUAAGUUUCACGAGCAAUCAGCUAUCAGGAACCCAUCGCUGGUGGCCCAAGUGACCUCUCUUUCGUUAAUUUUCUUAUGUGUUUCCCCUGGCUUUAAAUACCACUGCAUUUAAUACUCAAAGAGAACUGUUUUACCUUUGGCUGUUUUGCUGUUCUCUCUUGUGUGGUUCAUGUUAUUUCCCAUUUAUUUUGAUUCUCUUUUGUUGAUCUCUUUGAGCCUCUGUGCUUGUGACUCAUACAGCUUUGAAGCCUCCCAGGAAGCUUCGCCGGCACAGGCACAGGGUAGCUUUAGAUUGCUUCCCCACUGCUGCAUCAAUCAGACUAUGCAUUGUGAAGAGACAGACAAUGUAAACUUCACAAAAUAAAUACAGUACUAUAUGAGCGGUAGACUGUGGGGAAAUACAGUAACAGGGAGCAUACAAGCAAGAAAACAUCAGACAUUAAGAAAACAUCACAUCCACUGCUAGGAAGUAAUCUUGUUUGUUGUGACAUUUUGAAAGAGGACAUUAUAAUGUACUGUAUUGAUCAACGUUUGCUCUUGCCCUUUUGUUUGUUUGGCAGCCCUGUAAAUAUACGGGACCGUUCUUUAUUUUCAGAAAACAAACUUCCAAACUACGAGGCUCAGGGUGAGCGUUUUUAAAUCAUUGGUACUUUCAUUUGUACUGGGAAUAGAAUGGAAAUCCAACCCUGUACUUUAAAUCUCUUUGAGGAGUUGAGUUGCAGAAGGGACCCCAGCACUAUUUGAAUCACAAGCAUUACAACCCCUUCUUUCACUAGUCAUGUUUGGAGUCUUCCAUACUGAAUUCAUUCUUUUUUAAAGGAAAGCAAGAUAAUUCUGCCGGUGUCCUUUCAUUUCUUUAUGUACUUACACCUUUAAAUAUGAUGAAAAUCCCCUCUCAGUGCUGAACAAAAGCUUUUUAUGCUGCUUCUAAAGUGUGUUCUGACAAGCCGUUUAGUUGACAAGACAAGGCAGUAUACAAAUCACAACUGUCGAAUUUGUGCUAUCUCUGGGAAACAGACAGCCGAGCCAUUUGCAAUGUGCAGUGCUGACAUAUAGAGAGUAUUAGACCUCCAGGGCUCAUUUCUCUGAAAAACAAUCAGGUGAAAAUGACUUGAGUUUAUUAUCAGACCUGGAUGGGAUUGGAACUCUCUACCCAGAGAGAAAGUCUCCUCAUCCUCCUUCCAGUCCACUUAGCCUCCUUGUAAAACAAAAAGAGCCCAUGCAGCCAGGGGCAUUUGUAAAACGCAAAGAGCAUGGAUUAAGAGGCUUAAUCAAAUAAACACGUCCUUUAUUGUAACCCAACCCUAAUCACAGAGCUGUGUUCUAAACAGAGAUGUCCCUGCUUUCUAAUGAGUGUUUGAGUUCAAGAGAUUUUGCAACCUUGAUAGUGUUUUAAUCAUAUUGUAGCCUGUUGUAACUCGUUUUUAUUUAUUUAUUUUUAACCACAAAAUAAAAGAGAUAUAUUUAGUACAGACAGAUGUGUCCUAAUUGUUUCCUGUGUUAACUUUGGCCUUUCAGAAAAAGUGAAUUGCUUUUCAUGACCCUGUACUGCUGUAUGCAGAUAUCACAUUGCAUUUUGGGUUUUAGAUGUUUUAAAUGGGUGAGGUGGAGUUUUAUUUUUUUUUUGCGAAGUACCGGUUUUGCUGAGUGGCUGAGCAAGAGGAAGUAAGGUGGCAAAAUGUGACAAGAGGAUAUAGGUAGAUUAUAAAUCAUGUACACUGUAUAAGAAAUUACUGUUCAGUGUUUGUCAGAAUUCCAGUACACCUUAUCCUGAAGUGGAAUGAUGAAUUGCCUCUACACAGCCUACUAGCCACUCCAAGUGAUAAAAGCUAUACAGAUGUUAAGUAUGAAAUGAGUUGAGAGUUCAAGUAACUACCCUCAGUGGAGAUGUUUAAAAGCUUUUAUAAUGGUAACAUCCCACCUGCUGAGAGUGGGAGCCUUUAAGUAUGCUGUGUUUGAAGGUUCAUUGCUCCAGUAUGUGGAGGAGUCCAUUAAACAUUGUGCAAUUGUUGGUAAUGCUUAUAGCAUCUAGUAGCACGGUAUGGGGAAUGGUGUUUUGCAUUGGAUUUAUAUUUCAUAGAAUAAUAAAGAUACAAGUACGUUUUAAUUAUUUAUUACGUUUCGUGAAGCUCAUUUACAUCUUUUGUAACAAACAAAAGCAGAUCGACCGAAUAUCACCCAAACUCAAUUAGCCUCCAAAACCCAGGAGUGCAGAUGAUUAGAAUGCCAGGAAUUUGAAUCAGGUUUUUAUCAAUUUUAUUCUCCUCUUAAGAUUCCUCAGCGGACUUUAGAGAAGUGUGUGGGCUGCCGUGAGACCUGGAAAAAAAACCCAGGGAUGGGCAUUAUCAGUGUAACAAAUCGAGGGCUUGGAAAUGAGGAGCAUCAUGCUUUUCAGAACACUGGGAUUGCAGUGUAGUACAGGAGUGCAUGCCUUUGAUGUUCUAGCAAUACAAAACAAAGGACAAUUCAGACGCCUCAUGCAACAAUGGACAAUGGAUUGUUGUUCUGCACAUCCCUAACUUAAAAUUAAAACUAAUACCAAAAUCUAUAGUAUAGCACAUCCUUUUCUAAUAGUCGAAGAAUGUAUGCAUGUUUUUAUAUGGACUGCACUUUAAAUUGUGCAGUAUAGUGGGUAAUAGUAUAGUAUACUAUGCUGCUUUGAUAGGCUUGUAUAGAGAAGAGAGCAGUAAACCAAAGGGAUGUAACCCAAGGUAGCUCAUGUGCAUUAUUCAUAGCGUGCAUGUUAUAUUACAAAAAUUACUGUAAGGGUAUUAGGGGAGCGAUCAUCUGCAGUUCUAAGGACCAAAACACUUGUCAUGGCAACUUAAUCUAAAUUCUUCAUUAUGGAACUGCUGUAGGUUUGCUGUCAGUUUUAAUAGCACUGUGCAUAUUUUAUUGCUAGUAGAGAUUUGCACACUAAUGUGUUACAGUGGUUUUAAUCAGCAGAUAACACCAUUCAUCUCGUUAGAGCUACAAUCUCACAGGAUACGCAAAACUUAAAAUUGCUUUAAAGCAACUUGCCUUCGUAUCUGGGCAAUUUUACAGAAACCUCCCACAAUGUGGGAUGUCCUUUUUCCAUUCAGAUUAACGAUUGACUAAGGCAAGAAUGAUAGAAAUCCUCUAUUUACUUCCUUUACAAGCAUACCUUUGAGUGAGAUAUCGGUAAUUGAAUUCAGUUUCUGCUCAAGCUUUACAAGCUGUAUGAAGAGACUAGGUCUGGCUGUAAGACUGGUGAGACUGGAAUGUCAGCAUGGUUUGGACUGAGUUGACUGACACCACUGUGAUAUGUUUCCAUGACCUACUACCUGUGUUUAACCUUUCAGUAACAUUGUUACUAUUUGCUUAACAAUGUGCUAAUAUGUUUGUUUUUGUUUAGCCUCAUAAUUGCAGAAAUCAAUAAAGAAGCAAUUAAUAAGAUUUGCAGUAAAUACAAUAACAUCACUGCACCAGAAUAUAUUUCCUGCCUGAAGUAAUCACCAAUUAUAUACAGCCACUCUUUCCAAUUAUUCCUACUUUCCAUUAUCUCCUUCUCAUUUAAAUAUACUGGAUUCUACCUUUCUCUUAUGUCUACUAUUACCAUGUUUUUACGUCAGUUCACUCGCUGACAUAUUUACCUUAUUUUCUGACUUAACAACAUUUUACAUUGACCUGUGCACACCUAUACAAGGUUAAUAUGCAGUUUGUGCAUCUAUGAAGAAGGGCACAAUGACUUCUCUUAAAGGGACCAUCACAGAUUUUCACACUUUAUCGUUUGGGGGCCUUCCAUGGCAUUAUAAGUAAAAAAAGCCAGCAAAACAAGAUUGAACAAUAAAAUAAAUAAAAGUAAAAUGAAAGACUUACACAAAAAAAGAAAGCAUGGAUUUCCUGUGUUUACUGGAUUGAAAUUGAGUUUGUGUACUGUUUCCAUAAUGCUGUUAAACUGAAUAUAAAUAGAUUUAGUUUUAUAAAAUAAAAGUGUGUGGAAAAAAUAUUUUAUGCUUAGCCUGGAUUAAGUCUUGCAUAUUUCAUGUCUGGUGCUUUAGGCUUAUCUCUGGUAGGUACUGUAAAUGUAAUGUACUGUUGUAAAGUUUGGAUCAUAACUCUGUUUUAAGGGAUUCAUACUGCUCAUUCUAAAGCUGGAAAAUUGAUAGCUGCGGCAUGUUGUCAAAUUAGACCUCCUCCAGCCGGAUUGCCAAGUGUUAACUAGACUUUCAAACCAUGGCGUCUUCUCAAGAAGCUCAGAAUCCAUUCUCUGCAUGGAUGGCUCGAAUAUCUGAGACCAUAUCCACCACAUUUCUCAGCCUUGGUCAGGGGACAGCUACUGGGGAUGAAAACGCUGACCCCAAUGCAAACGACUCUGAUAGCCUCAAAUCUGAUUCAGAUAUGGACGACAUCCCUGAGGAGUCUGAGGAUGAAACUCAGAGUGUGGGGAGCACAGAUUCACUGCAACCUGCUGGUGAUGUACAUAUGGAACCAAACAAUGACAAUAGCUAUCAAAGCAGUGUCAAUGGAGGCUUCGGCAUCUCUCCUUCAACCCAGCAUGAUAAUGUUUCGGUGCAAUCUGCUGGCUCAGAGAUUAGCUACCAGGCCUUGACUGAUGAGCAACUUCUAGACAGGCUUUCUACCAUUCCUGAAGAGACUGAACACCUGGAUAACCGGAUAAGAGACCUACAGGAGGAUAUUACAAGACAUGAGCUUCCAAGCAAUGACGGAGACAGGUUGAGUAAGAGUUACCAUGAUACCCAUUCCUACAUUGAAGAUGACCGCUUAUCGAUGGGCUGCCAUGCGACCUCUGAGAGGGGAGGUUCGGGGGUGCGCAAGGUGUCUGGAACAGAAGGCAGCAUCGCCCCCAGUCCCAGCAGACAGGCCACUGAGGGAAGCCUGGAGAUGGAAACAGCCUUCGACAACCAGGGCUAUGACGUGAAUGAGCCGACAGACAGCUCAUCAACCUGGAGCCCUGAGGAACAGGAAGUUACCGAUGGACCUUCCCAGGAGCCCGACACGCACAAACCGAUAUCAAAGUGCGGGGAGCUCAUUAUUAUACUUGACUACAAGGCCAACAGCCAGAAACUGCUGGUAACCGUGGUGACCGCAAAGGACAUCCCGGAUAAGGACCGCAGCGGAGUGGACACCUGGCAGGUUCAUGUGGUCCUCCUGCCCAGCAAGAAGCAGCGGCACAAGAGUGGGGUGCAGAGGGGCUCCACGCCCAUGUUCAACGAGACCUUCCGCUUCAGCAAGCUGGAGGCAGACGAACUGGGACGCUACGCCCUGCGCUUCCGCCUGUAUGCUGUGCGCAAGAUGACCCGCGAGAGGAUGAUGGGAGAGAAGCUGUUCUACCUGAGAAACUUGAACCUAGAGGGAGAGAUGGAGGCUGUGCUAGUGCUGGAACCGCGAAGCAACAUGAGUAGCGGUGAUUCCCAGGUGAGCUUGUCUGCCAUCUCCCACAGCGAUAGCGCCUCGUCUACGCAGUCCCUGUCUCACGGAGGUGUCCCAGAGCUCCUCAUUGGCCUGUCGUACAACGCCACCACGGGCCGGCUCUCCAUCGAGGUCAUUAAAGGCAGCCACUUCCGAAACCUAGCCCUUAACCGGCCACCCGACACCUACGUGAAACUCACGCUUCUGAACUCGUUGGGUCAGGAGAUCUCUCGGUGCAAGACGUCUAUCAGGAGGGGCCAGCCCAACCCCAUCUACAAGGAGACCUUCAUCUUCCAGGUGGCUCUCUUCCAGCUCUCUGAUGUCACGCUCAUGAUCUCCAUCUACAACCGCCGCAGCAUGAAGCGCAAGGAGAUGAUCGGCUGGGUCUCCCUGGGCCAGAACAGCAGCGGGGAGGAGGAACAGAACCACUGGUUGGACAUGAAGGAAUCCAAGGGCCAGCAGGUGUGCCGGUGGCAUGUCUUACUUGAAUCCUAGGCUUCCAUGUGAAAGUCCAAAGAAGGUCCUCUAAAGUUGGUGGCCUUGUACGAAUCCAGCGAGGACCGGUGUGGACUUCUAGAACUGGUCGCUUCACUGAUGCUAAGAUGAGUUCUGUUGCUUGUUUGCAUUUUGAUUACUUUUCUCUCAACCAGAACCUACUUCAGACCAGUUGCUGCAGUGCAUUCAGAAUUGGCAAUCCAGGUCUGAUGUAACAACGGUUUGUUCAGGUGAAAGGUCAUCUAUUAUUAUUCACUGUUAUAAGUCCUCACGAAUAAAGAAUUAUUCAGACAUGAGGUGGCCUAAUGCACUAAAUCAUUACUACUAUUUCUUAUGCACUUGCGAUACAUUUUUAUUGCAUGCCAUAUGUUUUUAAUGCUAAGUGAAAGGAAGCUGAAUGUUCUCAAAAUGAUCAGCUGUUCUGCAGUGCUGUGUCAUUUUUUUUUGUCUUAUAUACCGUCCCUAGAGAAGCUAUUCCACAAACUUUCUUCCUAGUUAUACUCUUUAGUUCAUCUUAACUUCCAUCCAUUGAGCCUUGAGGAAUACGUAUCAACUACCAGUGGUGUGCUUGGUUUUAGAAAGUGAUAUUCCAUGAGCUCCAGCUCUAGAUAUACAGGGCAAUGUGCCACAUCUACCUCACAAUAAGCCUUUGCACUCUCAUGUAGGGAGUCCCAACUGUCUAUCAAAGCAGCACAUAUGCAUCUUUAACCCUAGUAAAGUAGAGUGGAUUGGAUGUUGUGAAUUGUAGCCCUGACCUACAGAGAACUGAACUCUAGUUUCAGGACCUGCCACCAGUCUGCAGAGGAACAGCAGCAGGCAUUAAAGAACAGUGGUUGCUGGUAUGGUAUGGAACCUGGCUAUUGUCCUGGAUGGACAGCAGCUGCAAAGUGAGAUCUAGUGAGUGGUACUGAAUGUUGUAUAGGAUUAAAAAUCAAGCACAGUGUAAGCUCCCCUUUGAUCCAAAUUGCUGCUGGUUUUCUGUCGAGGCAUGCUCCCCACAAAGGAGAUGAUGUGUGUAGGACUACUGCUGAGGGCAUCGUGGGCAUUUUGUGAAGUGCUUUGAGGUGCUUAAUUGCAUGAACAAAUUUAAAUGUAAUUAUGAUUAUUAUUAUUAUUAUUAUUAU